AUGGCACCUCGUGAUGCAAACAAUCCUCUACGUCCAGCAAAUUGGUUGAAAAAACCAAGACACAACUCAAGUCAAUCAUCUCAGAUGUUAUUGGAAUGGGAACAAAUUGAGGAGAAUUGGUGUACUCAAAAAUGUGAUUCACUUAGCCCUGCACUAAUCCAAAACGUAGCGCCUAGGCCGUCGACUAGCCAGCCUUAUUUCGAUUCGGAUAUGCCGAAUGAUGAGAAUGAGCUUGACUACGAAUAUCAGCAUCAUUUCGAAGACGAUAACAAAGACGAUCCUCCAUCUUCUGACCCGGAAUCCAAUACUGAAUCCAAUGAUUCCCAGCAAUCAAUUGCUUCUAAUCCCGGAACAGGGAUCACAGUCACUGCGGCAAGUGGGAUUACAAACCAAAUGCGUCGUAUCCGAGAAGAGAAGCAGUGGCAGGAAGUUAUUGCCCCUAUGUUUAAAGUCUUCAUGCUUUGCAAACAAGAAACUUUCAACUGGAGUCGGUCCAACUGGGAUUUGGACAGAAAAGAUCAGUGUUGA